AUGGCGAUUUUGGGGCCAAAUCCCCGCUUUUUGGGGGUUUCCUGUAUCUCCCCGCGCUGCGCGGCGCUGUUCGCGCUGUACGAUGCAGCAACCAGGACCUGGCUGCCGCCCAACCACCGCUUCGGUGCCGGGGACGACCGGGACCUGCGCUUCCGCAUCCGCUUCAAGGAGUGCAUCCCGCGCUCCUUCCUGCGCCAGAUCCAGCAGAACAGCGUCCUGACCCGCUUCCGCAUGAAGAACGUCUUCAAGAAAUUCGUGCAGCGCUUCCAGCGGCACACGGUGGGCGCGGGGAAGCUGGCGGAGCACGACGUCAUGUACAAGUACCUGGCCACCUUGGAGCAGCUGGCGCCGCGCUUCGGCACCGAGCGCUUCCCCGCGCUCUCCUUGGACGUCUCCAACGAAGGGGAGAAGGGGCAACCCUACGUCAACGGGGGGCGGGCGCCGGCGGAGGAGCGUGGGGAAGCGCCGGUCCCCAUGGAGCAGCCGGUCACCCACGAGGUCCUGGUCACCGGGACCAGCGGGAUCCAGUGGAGGCCCGUGCCCGCCGAGAGCGUUGAGGUCGUCUCCCACCGCGGAUAUUUCGGGAGGAGGAGCAGAGCCAAGGAACCGGAGCCGCGGGCGCCGCAGCAGCCGCCGGAGCCGCCCUGGGUGCAAUUCUGCGACUUCCGAGAGAUCACCCACGUCGUCAUCCAGGACCGCAGGGUCAGCGUCCACCGGCAGGACAACAAGUGCCUGGAAGUUCUCCUCCCGUCCCACGGCAGCGCUCUCUCCUUCGUCUCGCUGCUGGACGGCUACUUCCGACUCACGGCCGACUCCAGCCACUACCUGUGCCACGAGGUGGCCCCGCCGCGCCUCGUCAUGAGCAUCCUCCACGGCAUCCACGGGCCCAUGCAGGAGGAAUUCGUCUUCGCCAAACUGCGCCGGGAGGAGCACGAGGAGGGGCUCUACGUCCUCCGCUGGAGCGUCCUCGACUUCGACAGGAUGAUCCUGGCCGUGGCCAAGAGGGGCCGCCCGGAGGAUCCCGGGGCGCCGGGCCCCCUCAAGUUCCGCCAGUUCCGCAUCCAGAAGAAGGGCGGCUCCUUCGUGCUGGAGGGGUGGGAGCGCGAGUUCCCCACCCUGCGGGAGCUGCUGGACGCCCUCAAGGGCUGCACGCUGCGCUCCGGCGACGACAGCUUCACGGUGAAGAGGUGCUGCCUGCCCAAGCCGGGAGAGAUCUCGGACCUGCUGAUCACCACGCAGAAGGUGAAGGACGGCGCGAAGCAGAUCCUCAACCUGACCCAGCUCAGCUUCCACCAGAUCCGCAAGGACGAGAUCACUCAGCGAGCCCACCUGGGCCAGGGCACCCGCACCAACAUCUAUGACGGCGUGCUGCGCGUCCGCGGCGCCGCCGGGCCCGACGCUGACGAAGCCGAAUACUUCUCCACCGAGCAAAACAACAACAACGACGGCCGCGAGAUGCGCGUGGUGCUCAAAGUGCUGGACCCCAGCCACCGGGACAUCGCCUUGGCGUUUUUCGAGACGGCCAGCUUGAUGAGCCAAGUGUCGCACGUCCACCUCGCCUUCGUGCACGGCGUCUGCGUGCGGGGCUCGGAGAAUAUCAUGGUGGAGGAGUUUGUGGAGCACGGCCCUCUCGAUGUCCUCCUGCGGAAGGAGAAGGGCAGAGUCCCCGUGGGGUGGAAAAUCGCGGUGGCCAAGCAGCUGGCCAGCGCCCUCAGCUACCUGGAGGACAAGAACCUGGUGCACGGCAACGUGUGCGCCAAGAACGUCCUGCUGGCCCGCACCGGGCUGGGCGACGGCGCGCUGCCCUUCGUCAAGCUCAGCGACCCCGGGGUCAGCUUUGCCGUGCUGUCCCGAGAAGAACGCGUGGAGCGGAUCCCGUGGGUCGCCCCGGAGUGCAUCCAGGACCCAGGGAACCUCAGCCCGGCGGCCGACAAGUGGAGCUUCGGCACCACGCUGCUGGAGAUCUGCUUCGACGCCGACGUCCCGCUCAAGGAGCGCACCCCGGCCGAGAAAGAGCGUUUCUACGAGAAAAAACACCGCCUGCCCGAGCCGUCCUGCCAGGACCUGGCUGCCCUCAUCCAGCAGUGCCUGAGCUACGCGCCCGCCGAGCGGCCGUCGUUCCGCACCGUCCUGCGGGACCUGACCCAGCUCCAGCCCCACAACCUCGUGGACGUCUCCUCCGUCAACCCUGACUUCCCCGUGUCCGACCCCACCGUCUUCCAGAAGCGUUACCUGAAAAAGAUCCGCGACCUGGGAGAGGGUCACUUCGGCAAGGUGGGCCUCUACUGCUACGACCCCACCAACGACGGGACGGGCGAGAUGGUGGCCGUCAAGUCCCUGAAGGCCGGCUGCAGCCCGCAGCUGCUGGCCAGCUGGAGGAAGGAGAUCGCCAUCUUGAAGACGCUCUACCACGAGAACAUCGUCAAGUACAAGGGCUGCUGCAGCGAGCAGGGGGAGAAGGUGGUGCAGCUGAUCAUGGAGUACGUGCCGCUGGGCAGCCUGCGGGAUUACCUGCCCAAGCACCGCCUGGGGCUGGCGCGCAUCCUGCUCUUUGCCCAGCAGAUCUGCGAGGGCAUGGCCUACCUGCACUCCCUGCACUACAUCCACCGGGACCUGGCGGCGCGCAACGUGCUGCUGGAGAGCGAGCGCCGCGUCAAGAUCGGCGACUUCGGCUUGGCCAAGGCGCUGCCCGAGGGCCGCGACUAUUACCGCGUGCGCGACGACGGCGACAGCCCCGUCUUCUG